AUGGGCAUCUUCAGUUCCAAGUCGGCCCGCUCACUUUCUCCCACCGAACUUGCAAGCAAGUCCGACGAUGAGCCUCCCUUCGUCCCCAACACCAAUGAGAGAAAUGGUUCCACCGGGAGCAAAACCAACGAUGGGAAGUCUGGCUUCCUGAUUUCGAGAGCUGUUGUUGACUCCGGCUCUGUAAUGAGUGGAAGUGGUCCGAAAUCCAUCGAGGACCGCACCCGAGACGGCAAUUCCUCUGCCAUCGGUCACAAUUCCUGCCCAACAAAUCGCCGGUUCGGUUCCCACUUUCACCGCCGCCGUAGUUCGGUUUGCAACGUCCCUCACUCGUCUCGUGAGGCAGCUGAUGAUUACUUCAGCACUAAGCAUCACACCGGCUCCGGCAUCUCCUGGUCCGAUAAGGCCUACAACAAGAUUACACCUGAUCAAAAGAAAGACAAGAAGUAG